AUGGAAGAAGAAGUAGGGGAAUCCUUGAUUCAAUUGGGAAGCUCAGAUGGUUCUAACUCAAGCAGCUCUGAUCCAGUAACUCGGGUGAGGAAGCUGCUGUUUCGCCGUAUGCUGGUGGGGAUCAAAGACGGCAGGUUUUUCUUGGGCACCUUCCACUGCAUUGACAAGCAAGGAAAUAUCAUUCUCCAAGAUUCAAUUGAGUAUCGUAGCACCCGACGUUCCUCUCCAUCUCCUAUGGAGCAACGAUGCCUUGGUCUGAUUCUCAUCCCUUUCUCUUGUCGAAUCUCCUGUCAUGUGGAUUGCUCCGUAGAGGAACAAUUGUCACUGCUGAAGGUUUAA